CAUGUCAUCAUUUCCAAGGGUGCCAGAGGUCUUUGGGCGCCUUGAGAGUUCCUCGGUCUCAAAGUUUUAAACUCAAGGUCAAAUUUGUAGUUAAAAGUUGGCCAGCUUGAGUGGACAACUCUUCAGGGUUCCCCAGCAAUAGCAAUGUCAGACGUCGGAGGGAAUAACACUACGACUCCUAGCGGGCCACCACCUCAACCAGGCCCCGAGACCGGCUAUUACGGCCCUCAAGAACCUCCCCAGCUCAUCUGGCUAGAGAAUGCAAGCUUCGCCGGUAACACCAUGGGCGGCAUCUGCUAUGGCAUGACCUUUGUUCUCUUCUUCCAAUGUGUCUUUGCGAUUAUCAACUCUCCCAACAAGGACGCGAGAAAACCAAUGCUUCUCUAUGUCAUCUUCAUGUUCGCCCUUGGCACCAUCUUCACCGCAGGAAAUUUGAAUCUGCAGCAACACAGUUACAUCGAUUUCCGCAACUUCCCUGGCGGGGGUCCGCUCGGAUAUGCCCUGUCUCAAUAUUCAACGUGGCGCGGAAUGACGCCUAAUGUCGUCUACACCAUAUCCAACUGGUUCGCAGAUGGUCUUUUGAUGUAUCGAUGCUAUGUCAUCUACAACAUGCAAAAGUGGGUCCUCGUCAUCCCCGGGAUCAUGUUCGGUGGUUCUAUCUCGAUGGGAGUAAUCACACUAUAUAAGUCCUCUCGCCCCGGCUCGAACCUCUGGGCAGGCAUCACCGUCAACUUCGGUCUACCCUACUUUGUCCUCUCCGUGGCACUUAACGUCAUGUUGACCCUCAUCAUCUCAUUCCGUCUCCUCUGGCACAGUCGUAAAUACAACCUAUCCACAUCGUCCAGCGGGGUCUACAAGAGGAUCGUGUCAAUGCUUGUGGAGAGCUGUGCACUGUAUUCCUUGUUCUCUAUUCUGUUUAUUGGGACCUACGCUGCGGGGAACUAUGCGUCGGAUUUGUUCUUGCCGAUUUUAUCUCAAGUCCAGAUCAUAGCUCCCUUCCUCAUCAUCAUCCGCGUAGCCACUCGAAGAUCCGUGACAGACUACAUACACGGCAGUAGCGGCUCGGGAUCAGGCUACAGAGGCGGCAACAUCGUGACUGGUGAAAUACAAUUCCAAACGACUCAGCUUUCGAGUUUCCACACGCGAUCCCAUGCCAGUGGACAUACCACAGCUCCGAGCUUCAACACCCAGACUGCUAUGGAAGACUUGAGUAAUGAUAGUUUUGGUGAUAAGAAGUUGCAUAGUGUUGGCACUGUGUGAUAGCUAUAGUAGCCCCCGAAGUGGUAUUCCGAGUCUGCUUUGUGUACGUUAUACGAUGUAGUACGUCCUUCAUCAGG